AUGAAGUCACAAGCGGUUUUGUUCUUUGCAAUUAUUGCAUCUUUCUUAUACAAAUCCCUGGCAGGACCUGAUGAUGUUUCAUCUACGGUCUGCCUUCUUCAGGAUGAACCAAAUCAAUGUGGAAAAUUCUGCUUAACCGCUCUAAAACCACUCAUUGAUCACAUUGCCCUUCACCAGCAGCAGUGGAAUACCCGUGAUGCUGUCAUGGUGAAUGAAACUCAAACGAAAUUAAACAGGAUUGAAGGACAACUGGAUGCACUAAAGGACUCCCUGGUUAAACUUCUUCCGAAAGAUCUUGCGACGAAACUGGAGACAAUGAAAACACAACAAUCAGCUUUAGACAACAAAUUGUUAGAUCUGCAAAAGACAUUUUCCAAAAUCAAUAGGCAGAUGCUCCUAAAGAAUUUCAACCAAAUUGGUAACAAACACUUCUACGUGGAACAAUAUCUGAAGAGAAAUUGGACAGGGGCUAUAACUACUUGUGGUCAGAUGGGCGGUCAAUUGGCAUCCAUUGAGAAUGAAAGUGAAUUUGAUGCGAUCGUUGCGAAAUUAAAAUCAGAUAUUAGCUACAGAGUGGAUAUAAACGAUCUGGCGGAAAAGGGAAAGUUCAUCUCCAAGAAUUCGGGAAAACCAGCUGUAUUUUUCAAGUGGAAGCGAGGAGAACCCAGAUACGAUAACGAGUCUCAGCGCUGUGUGACCAUCAAUGGAGGAGGCAUGUGGGUUGAUAGUUGCAAAAAUGAUAUGUACUUUAUAUGUGAGGCAAGCUACGAAGAAUAA